GUGCCCUUUUAUCUCAUAGAAUGAUUCAGUUCCUCAACUAAAGAUAUCAUUUGGCACCAAAAUCAGCUAGAUUGCUGCGAUUGUUGACUGAUCCCUCUGGAGGAUCUUCUUUCUCUUUUGCUACAAUACCAUUUCCCUUGUGCUCUCUGGUGGCACCUGAGUGUGUCCUGAAUGUUGACUAUGUUGCACACGUGAUGCUGCUAAACUUUAUUAACUCCUAAGAUUUUCUAUGCUCCCAAGUGCAGGCACGCCACUGCCAAUUGUUCCAUUUUCCAAGCCCAGGGAGGAAGCAGGGAUGUACUGGGGUUACCGAGUGCGGUAUGCUUCAAAUAUCAGUUCUGUGUUCAAGCAUUGUCCAUUCAAGGGUGGAUAUGACCACUCGAUUGGUACAUCUGAGCAUGGUCUAAAACGUAGUUCAUCAGAGCUUUCUUUGCCUCCUUUCAAGCAUCUGUUGAUUGCUUUUGGUGGACUUGCUGGGUUGGAAGAAGGUGUCGAAGAAGACAGCAGCUUAAAGGGUACAAACGUCCGUAAGGUGUUUGAUUCGUACCUGAACACAUGUCCAGAUCAAGGGAGUCGGACGAUCAGAACAGAGGAAGCAAUCCUCAUAUCCCUCCAAUAUUUCCAAGAGCCUAUAAACCGAGCUCUACAGAGAUUUCAUCGCUGAGUUAAACAACCAUGGACAUGAGCAACUCACAAUAUUUCCAUGAAACAUGAUGAAGAUCUUGCAAUCUUUCUACGAGCUAGUAGAUUCAGAUGUUGUAACUUUAUCUCUCCUUUUAUCUUUCUGCCUAUCUGGGACAAUCAAUUUAGAUUAAAAAAAAUUGUUACCUUGUGGAAGGGAUUAGCAGGGAUUAAAAACAUUGGAGUUGGAGGGAAGAGCUUUGAACACACCUCGUUCAUCUGAAUAUGACUCAAAGUUGCACAUCUACACUCAUGUAUGAAGAAGAAAGAAAUUUAUGUCAAACAAUAAAAAGAGAAAAGAAAGGAAUUAUAAUUACAUUAGGAAAAAAGUAAAGACAAUGUGUUUUAAA